AUGGAGGCCGGAAAUGUACAGAAUAUGUCUAAAACAAGGGAGGGUUUAAAAGUAGACGGUUCGGCGUUGGAAGGCGGCGUCCGACUGGUGCAACGAGGCGGCUGUCGAAAGCAAGAGAAAGAGAUUGUUAUAGCGGCGGUACGAUCCAAGAUAUCGAAGGAGUUCUCGGCGUUGCCUAAGGAUAUUGAUCCCUAUUUCCAAACCCUUGACCCUGAAGGAAUUGGUUACUUAGAGGCCAAAAAGAUAUAUGAUAUUCUUCUUAAGUUGACUCCAGAAAGCCGGAACAUAUUUGGCCGGCUAUCAGGUGCUGCUGGAUCUUGGGAAGCAAUUGUGCGUUCUUUUGAGAAAGAUCAUCUAUACCUUGGUGAGGCUGCACAGAUAAUUAUUGAAAAUGUAAACUAUGAAAUUCCAUAUCAGAAAAAACAGGUGCAAAAGAUUCAGCAACAACUGGCUGAACUUGAUCGCAAGGAAGCAGAUAUAAAAAGAAGUGCAGCUCUAUCAGCUGCUAAAUAUGCUGAGGCUUGCCAAGAGCUUGGUUUGCAGGGAAAAAAUGUCAGGCUUGAACUCUUAGAGACGGCUAACUGUCUUCCAAGUACAUUUAAAAGAAUUCUAGAAGUCAUUGAUGGUGAUUAUGUUUCAUGGGGGAUUGAGUAUUAUUCUAAUUUUGUCAGAGAUGUUCAUACAGAAAAAGAUAAAUCUUCACUUGCUGUCUUGCUCAGUUUGAAAAACGUCCGUGAAAAUCCUCCAUCUUUGAAUGUUUCUGCAGUAUCUGAGACCCUUGAUUUAGAAAAUACUCAUAAUGAAAUAAACUUUGCGGUGGGGGAUAUAGAUGUCAAUGCAGAUGCUAUUGAUUGGGAUAUCUCUGUUGACAGUGCUCAAAUAGAUUGGGAUAUUGGUACUUUGGGAGAAACUGAUGAUGGCGGUAAUGGUUUGGGCCCAUAUGAAAUAGUUAAUGCCAGUGAGAUCUUGCAGAAUUCUUCACCGAAUGAAGUAGCUGAAUCUGAUAAAACCCCACUAGAUAAAGCAGAAAACGCACCUGAAAUUUCUGUGUCAGAUAUAUCCUGGGACAUUAGUGUUGAAACGCCACAAGUUGAUGUGAUUGAUGAUGUCAGCUUAACAAAUACGCAAUUGGAAAAUCAGACAUAUGCUCCAUAUUCCUUGCCUCUUACCCGAGGAACCAGGGAGGAGAGGAGCCAACUUUUAGAGACUGAAUACAGAAAUAAGAUUCUGGAUGAUUUAUAUGAGAUGAUGGCAUUUUUGAAUCAGCGAUUGGUGGAGUUGAGGAAUGAAGACACACUAUCCUUGCAAAAUCAAGUCCAAGCAGUUGCUCCCUUGGUGCUGCAGCAGUAUACAGCUGAUGCCAUUGAGAAGAUGAUCACUGAUGUUUCAUUAGCGAUUUCACUGCUAACAAAUAGAAAAACACGGGAUUUAAUCAUGAUUCUCAACUCUAAAAGAUUCCUAGACAGACUAGUUAGUACAUUGGAGGAAAAGAAACAUCAUGAAGUGAAGUUAAAAGAUGGGUUGAAGGAUGUGGCUGCCAAGCGUAUGGAGCUUCAGAAUUCACUAUCUUCUUCAUGGCCAAAGCAAGAAGCUGCACUUGCAAAAACCAGGGAACUGAAGAAACUAUGUGAAAGUACCCUUUCAUCGGUAUUUGAUGGAAGACCCGUUAAUAUAAUCGGAGAGAUCAAUGCCUUGUUGAAUAGUGGUAUCACUGCGUGAUUUGACUUUAUAUAAAUUAGAAACAGAGACGACUUGCCUUGCGAAGUCGAAUA